AUGCUGAAGCAUCUGAGCCGCGUGCGCAUCGAGUUCAACGCGUUCGAUCGGCGGAACGCGGCGGCGCUGGAGUUUUUGGCGCAAUGCAACUCGCAGAAGGCGCGCGAUUCGAACCCUAAGUGCGACGUCGCCGUGAAACGACGCACGGACGAUCAUCCUCCCUUCGUUCAGGUCACGUUCAAUAAUGGGCAAGAGGAGACCAUGGACUGCACUCAACUAACUGCGCAGCCCUCCGCCCCUCUGUCCCUCUGCCCCUCCGUCCCUCUGUCCCUCCGUCAGUCUGCCCCUCUGUCCCUCCGUCCCUCUGCCCCUCCGUCACUCCGUCCCUCCGUCCCUCCGUCCCUCUGUCCCUCUCUCAGUCCCUCUGCCCCUCCGUCCCUCUGCCCCUCUGCCCCUCUGCCCCUCUGCCCCUCCGCCGCUCCGCCCUUCUGCCCUAUUCCAUCUGCCCUCGUCCUUCUGCCCUCUUCCCUCUGCCCUCUGUCCUCUGAUCUUUGUCCCUCUGCACUCUGCCCUCUGUCCUCUGCUCUUUGUCCCUCUGCACUCUGCCCUCUGUCCUCUGCUCUUUGUCCCUCUGCACUCUGCCCUCUGUCCUCUGCUCUUUGUCCCUCUGCACUCUGCCCUCUGUCCUCUGCUCUUUGUCCCUCUGCACUCUGCCCUCUGUCCUCUGCUCUUUGUCCCUCUGCACUCUGCCCUCCGCCCCUCUGUCGUCGGCCCUCUGCCAUGCCCCUUGACAGCAUCCGCAAGUCCAUCUUGCAGCGCGCGGAGGAGAUGGAGACGGAGCAGAUGUUCAAGGAUGCGGGGCUGCAGUGGCCUGUGGUCAUCCCCGAGCAAGAGGCAGAACUGGCCCGCCGCAUGCAGGGGAAGAGCAGAUGA